UGUAAUAACAUACUUGAGUUCUGAUUGGGCAGUAGUACCAUUGCCAUUUCUCACACAUACCGUCUCUUUCUCUCAUCAUCAAUCAUAUAACAGGAAAAAAAAACCUAAAUUUCAUUUUGUAAGCUUUACUCAGUUUCUCUCCAUACCCAUUUCAAUUUUCAACAGCUUCUCCAUCUCUCUUUCCAUGGAUUCUGACAUAAUGAACAUGAUGAUGCAGCACAUGGAGAAUCUUCCUGAGUUCUAUAACACUAAUCCCUCUCUCAUCGACCACACCAACAACACCUACCCUUUUCUGUUCAACUCAAACCAUAACCACUCUGACUCAAUGACCCACGAACCCGGUUUCCGGUAUGGUGCUGGUUUACACGCUAGCCCAGCUUACUCUUCCAUAUUACACGACAAAAGACACAAUAUUAGCAACACCGAUAACACGAACAUGGCAGCGAUGCGAGAGAUGAUCUUUCGAAUAGCCAUGAUGCAACCAAUACAUAUAGAUCCCGAGGCGGUGAAGCCACCUAAGAGGAGGAACGUUAGGAUCUCUAAAGAUCCACAGAGUGUGGCUGCUCGGCACCGAAGGGAGAGGAUAAGCGAGAGGAUUCGGAUUUUGCAACGGCUUGUUCCUGGUGGAACCAAGAUGGAUACAGCUUCGAUGCUCGACGAGGCUAUUCAUUAUGUGAAGUUUCUAAAGAAACAAGUGCAGUCGCUGGAAGAGCAAGCGGUGGUUAACGGCGGAGGAGUGGCUAUGAAAGGGUGUGGAGCAAUGGGGACUACUCAUCAGAUGGUGGGCAAUGCACAUAUUCUUAGAUGAUGAUGAUGAUUUUAAAUUUACUAUUAUACUGAUGUCUGAGAAAAAUGAUUCUAGGGAGGGUGAGCUUAAUUUAUAAAAAGUGGAGCUAA